CAUGGAAAACUCUACUCACUUUAAGGUCUUCAAGCUUGCUGCAUACGGUGAUAUCGGACAAAUGAAGUAUUUCUACUUUGCUGUAGUAACUGUUUUAUAUUUUGUCAUCAUUCUUGUCAAUGCUUUACUUAUUGGAGUUAUCUGCAUUGAAAGAAGCCUUCAUGAACCCAUGUAUCUGUUUCUAUGUGCUUUGUUUGUUAAUCAGUUGUAUGGGAGCACUGGUUUGUUUCCUGCUCUCAUGUUUUACUUGCUGUCUGACACACAUGAUAUUUCCCUUCUUUAUUGUUAUCUCCAGAUUUAUGUGUUGUACACAUACGGUUUAACGGAAUUUUGCAAUUUAUCAGUUAUGUCAUAUGACAGGUACAUUUGUAUUUGUUAUCCUCUACAGUAUAACAAUAUUAUGACACCUAAAAUAGUUUUGGGCUUAAUUCUGCUGUCCUGGGUGUAUUCUUUUUUCCUCAAUGCCAUCGUUAUCUCCCUGAGUUUGCGACUGCAAUUUUGUGGUAAUGUUCUAGACAGAGUGUAUUGUGACAACUACUCAGUCGUCAAGCUUGCCUGUUCAAAUACUACACUGAAUAACAUAUGGGGUCUUGUUGGCACUGUGCUUUCUUUUUCUUGUACUAUAUUUCCUACCAUAUACUCAUAUGUAAAAAUUCUACACAUUUGUUUAAAGUCUUCAAAAGAGACGAAACAGAAAGCAUUUAACACCUGUACACCACAUAUAGCCUCUUUGCUGAACUUCUCCUUUGGCUGUAUAUUUGUGAUUCUGCAAGGCAGAUAUGAUACUGCACAUCUUCCACCUAUACUUCGCACUAUUUUAUUAGUUUAUUUUCUAAUAUGUCCACCACUUUUCAACCCUAUUAUGUAUGGCGUUAGGAUGGUUAAUAUCAGGCAGGCUUGUAAAAAGGUAUUGAGGAUUUGACCUAAAACAUAAUCUGAUUGUUAUUUUUUUGGUAAUAAUUAAUUGUGUGUUGCUGCUUCUUUUUACUUCUU